CAUUGGAAACAUGAAGGCGUUAACUUCUCUCGAUUUCUCAAACAACCAAUUAAACGGGACAAUCCCUCCGAGCAUGGCAGCUUUGAACUUUUUGAGCUCAAUGAAUCUGUCACACAACAAACUGUCAGGAAGAAUUCCAACCGGAAAUCAAUUGCAAACACUUACCGACCCAUCAAUAUAUGCUGGUAACAGGGAUCUCUGUGAUGCACCUCUGCCAAAUAAUUGUUCCAAUCCUGAAAACCCACCGGCCACAACAAGCAAGAACAAAUACAAAAAGGCUAAUGAGCUAAGGAAGGUAUGGUUUUACUUGGACAUAACAUGUGGAUUUGCAACAGGUUUUUGGGGUAUUAUUGGAGUCUUGGCAUUCAAGAAGCAAUGGAGAAGGAAGCUUUUUAUGAUUGCAGAGGUAACCAUGGAUAAGGCAUAUGUGGCAGUCGCAGUGAGGAUUUCCAAGAUUAAAAGGGGCACUGAAGCCUAAUAGAUUCUUAUAGUUGACAAUAUUUGUAACAUUGUUGUUUUGAUUUAAAAUACUCUGUUGUGUAAUAUAAUUAUACCAUGGGUAUGUUUAAUACAAAUAAAAAUAUUACAAUACACGAGAUAGAAUACAGGUGACAGAUUACAGAAGAAGUGGACUGAAGAUUAGACAUGCCAAUGGGUAGAAAAUCAUGUGAUGGCAGCAGGUUCGCUCUAUGUUCAAAUGGCAUUCUCUAUUUGAGUCCA